GUUUCAAUAAUUGCAAGUAGGUUAGAGGAGUUUAUGAUAAAAAGGUCAUGGACAGAGGUGAGUUUGUUACAUACAGAGCGGGCACAGGAAAAGGGGAUGCUGGUUCUAGGAAGAAGAGGAAUAGUAACCAGAUUGGGGUGCCAGGUGUGUUGGUCAAAGGAAAAAGAUGGCGGCCUAGGAUUUGGGGAAAUGUCUCCAGAUGUUAGAAGCAGAAGGGUGAGAGAGGUAAUAUAGGAAUAUGACUUUUAUGGAGGGACAGGUGCCAGUGUCCUGGAGGUUUUAUUAGUAUGUGGGUUCAGAAUUAGC